GCUCCCGUGCGAGCCCUCGAGGGUUCUAUCGAGCGCAGCGGUUUAACGGCACUUUCAUAACUCAGGCUCGGGGCGGAGGAAGGAGAACUCUGAAAAGAAUCCGUUACUCUUCGCAAAAUCAGCGAUUCUGUACAAGAUAUUGAAUGACAUGCCUCCACUGGCCUCAUUUUAUCGUAAGAUUUGCUCGGCGGGAAUGACACCAGCCCUCAGCAACAUCAAAAAAGCUGCCAGAAUUCACAUUUCCACUCCUGUUUUAAGCAGACACAUGGAUUCCCGCAGUGCUUUGCUCGGUAUGGACAUAGAGCCUCAGGCUAAAGGUCUGGGAAUGGGAGGACACUACGCUCACGACCUUUGGCUAAACCUCCCUUCCCUGCCAUUUCUGGACUCCUGCGACUCCAAAAGCCCGUUUGAGCUCACGGAGAUGCUCCUACCUUCUCUGUUCCGUAACAAGGAGUCUUAUAAGUCCACAUUGCUGUCGAGCCCUGGGUCUCUGCUUGGGCUCCUUUCUGUAUCCAGAAACUGCGUGGAUUCUCCUUUUCCUCAGACAUACACCUGUGAUGGUCAUUUAGAAGACAGAAGAACAGUGUCAGAGACCUGCCAGAGCCCUGCCCCUGAACUUCCCAGUAGUCCCAGGACAGAUGUUCACGGGUUGAGUGCCCCCUACUGCCAGGAGGUCCUCAGCUCUCCAGAUGAUGGCACUCAUCUCACACGUCCCACCACAGGGCCACCAGAAAUCCAACGCUCUGGGACUGACGGCCACUCGCAUCACCUUCUGUGGCCCUGGUCCUGGCCAGCAGGGUCGUCGUCACCACGGGAGACAGCAAGGGCCAGGGCGGAGCACUGUGGCUGCCGGCAGGCUGCGCUGGAGGCCCGCGUGAGCCGUGUAACUCGGAGACUGCAUGUGCUGUUGGGAGAGCAUACGCUCCGCCACUGUGCCGGCCAGCUGGAAGGCCUCAGGGGGAGGCUCGAGGACCGGCAGGAGCGUUUGUGCGGACCUCCCCCGCUCACCAGGGGACCUAACAGGCUAACAGGUGAUGCUCCCUUCAUCGCCACAGCAACACAGGAGGGUAGCAGAGCCUUCGGAGGUGGCCACAGACAUUCCCCAGUGCGAGGUAGCCCUUGGCAUUCGCAGCUGAGCGGAGACAUGCAGAAGUUAGCGCGGUGUGGCCAGGCAGUGUUGCGCAGUGUGCAGGAGGUCCUGGACUCAGACGCCACGGAGAGCAGCUCAGAUGAAGAAUGGGAGCCAGAGGACAGAUCAGGCUCCAGAACUUCUUCAGGCUGCCUCAGUUGUGAGUGGAGUUGGCAGUGUGAGAGAGCAAAGCUGGCUAGCUGCUGGACAUGGCUGCAGCUCCGGCUUUCUGAGCUGGACCUCCAGAUCCAGCAAAUCGGAGAGCUCCGCCAGCACAUUCUCGCCAGCAAGGCAAGCGUGGUCCUGGCCGAGUCUCAGCCCCUGACCGACAGGCAGAUCCAGCAAGCGCUGCUAAGCGAGACAGCAGGGCUGACGUUCACAGCGGGGGGCAUGCACGCCUGGAGCCCUGAGCCAGACACCGAGCCCAGCAGUCCAACACGUCUCCUCAGGACCAUAGAGAGACAGAGUGCCCAGCUGAAUCUGCUGGUGAACACCCUGAUGGCUCCACUCAGCACAUCACCCUCCUCCUCUCCUGUGUCUAAAGGCACAUGUACCCUCUGGACAGGCCAGCAGAAGAGACCAUUCAAUAGUCCACUGACAGACGUGUUCCUCCACACCACCUCCACCUGUUUGGCAGGGCAGAAGAGAAGGCGUCUGUGUGGUCGGCGCCAGCACCCCCUUCAGGUGGAUGCCACAUGUGUGUCUGCGCGUUCUCGCCCCCUAUUGACCUAUCACAAGCCCCGUCUCUUCAUCAUGAGCCAAUCCUCGCUUGGACGGCAGGUGCUGGAGUCCCCAGCCUGCCCCUGUGUUGGCUGUGUGUCCUGUGAUCCUGUGAGAGUGUGCUCACGCCCAGCCUGCUCCAGCAGUAAUGAGAGCUCUCAUAGCACAGCUCACCUUGUGCCCCCUCUCUCCUCAGAGAGCUCCCCGCCCCUCUCUGUCCCCAUGGCUCUCUUCAGAGAAGACUGGCUCCGGUGGCCUGAGACCAACCCUCCUGAGCUGGGCUUCACCAGUCAUGGCUAUAAGCCUUCAGAGGAAGCAUCCAGCUCUUUAUUCAAUUGCACACACCAGAUGCAUGCUGGGAGCCAUGUAAGCCACAGACGACUGGGCACUCCAGCCCACUGGGGACGCGCCCACCGGGGGCCAAGCAGACCGCUCCACAGACGGACCCUGAAGAGGAGGCACCACCGCCAGGCAGAUAAUGACAUGGGUCUGUCCCAGCCUGGAAAGCUCCUUCUUCAUACAGAGGACAGUGCAGAGGACAUGGGCCCUCCUCACAGCACACACGCACUGCAGAGAGGUUCACAGUUCCCAGUGCGCAGGAAAAAUGGCGAAAAUGUGUACAACAUCGACAACAUCAUCAUCCCUGCGUCGUUGACGGCCUGUAGCAAAGUGGACAAGCUGCAGUACAAGGACAUCCUCACGCCCAGCUGGCGGUUAGUGGACAUUGUUCCUCUGGUACAGAAAGAGGAAGAGGAGGAGGAAGACCUGGAAAAGGUGGAGGUGCUGUCAGAUGAGGUGUUCUCCCACAGACACCAGGGCUGUGAGGGAAGAGAGAGACUCCACUGGGACUACUGGGGAAAAGGCAGGAGAUACAGCCGCAGCAGCAGGCUUUCCAACAGUGGCUGCUUUGAAGGACCAGCAGGAGACCGGCCUGGCGAUGUCCCCGUGUCCAGUGGGCAGUCUUGGACCUUCAGCACACCUGGAGUAGCCCUGCAGGAGGACGUAGAGGCCCAGAUGCCAUGGGAGAGACGUGUUUUCCCGCUGUGCGGGCAGGAUGAGGAUGCGCUAAGAUGCGACGAAGAUGAUAAAGCAGCACAGGCACUCUGGUCUGAAAGACAUGACUUGGAGUCCAGCUCAGCAGAAGGCAGCGGCAAGAACAGCGCUGCAUCUCCCUGCUAUGCUCCCACCACUCCCCCUGCUGGAUGUGAAGGGAAGGACACUCACAGAGCGCAGGGCUGGUUGAGGUGACUGCCAGGAGAGGUUGACUCUUCACCACCAGCAGAUACUGGUACAGCUCCAACUCAUAUUCAGGACUAAAACUGAAUGUAAUACUGAUCAUUUUUAACCUUAAAUUUCUUUGACAAGUUUGUUUACAUCACUGGGCUAAAUUUAGCUCGGAUGCUUGAGUUGCCGUUUGGCAUUCAGGUUGGGGCAGGAACACUGUUUCACUCUUCUUGGCACUAAACAGCUGUCUUGUUUUCUGUUCAUGCAGAGAUUUCCUCGCCUGCAUUGUACUGCCCUCUGAGCAGGACAUACCAUAAUGACAGAAAAAAAACAUUCCUGUCAUCCUGUAAUUGAUGAAAAACCCUUCAGAAGCUUUUUAAUAAAUAUCUCUGGAAGAGAUUUUACAUGGCAUGUAUAUAGAUUUUGAUUUUUAAUACUAGGAGCAGGGCUUCUAAAUGUAUUAAUAAAUCUUGUUCAUUAUUUAUCUUAGAGUUAGAAAUAAUAAUAAUCAGUUUUAAUGUAAUAUAUUGGUUUUUAUUAAUCAACCUGGAAAUGCACUAUGAUUUUUUUUUCAAGCUUUAUGUUUUAGAUUUGAUGCCCAGUUGUGAAAAAAAAAAAUCCUUUUUUUUUUGUUGAACUGCAAGUAUUCUUGGAAGAAAAAGUUUAGUAAAUCUAGAUAGCUCUUACCAUUUAAGCAGAUUCUGGCCUUUAUUUUGCUGUUUUAUAGAAUCAUGAUGUGUCAUUCUGCCUAAUUACACUACAAGUAACCUAGUUGAACAUAUUGCCUUGAACAACAUUCAAUUCUUGGACCAAUGUAAUACCUACAGUGGUCACCAGGG